CUGUCAUACGCUAAAAUGACUGAUGAUCGAAAUCGGCAGAAGAGAUGAAGUUACAGUUCGAAAUCUAGGGUUUUGGCGGCAAGCUUCACCGUCGCGGGAAGUAAGAUUUUUCUGUUCGACCAAUGGAGGCGGUGGUGGUCGAUGCGGGAUCUAAACUUCUAAAAGCCGGGUUCGCCGCACCCGAUCAAGAUCCAGCUAUGAUCAUUCCUACGAAGAUGAAGUGCGUGGUGGAGGAGGGUGACAUGGAAGAUUCAUCGGCUUUCGAGGAAGUGACUGUAGAUCCCGUUGUAAGGGGUUUUAUUAAAGACUGGGAUGCAAUGGAGGACUUACUGCGCCAUGUCCUUUACACGGGACUUGGGUGGGAGAUAGGGGAGGAAGGGCAGAUUUUGUUCACUGAUCCUCUCAAUACCCCAAAGGUUGUCAGGGAACAGUUGGUCCAAAUGAUGUUUGAAACGUUUAAUGUCUCAGGCUUUUAUGCAUCUGAGCAAGCAGUAUUAUCACUUUAUGCAGUAGGACGCAUUUCGGGGUGCACUGUUGACAUUGGACAUGGCAAAAUAGAUAUAGCACCAGUUUGUGAAGGUGCGGUUCAACAUAUAGCCUCUAAAAGAUUUGAGAUCGGUGGAAUUGAUCUGACAAAUCUUCUUGCUCAGGAACUCAGGAAGACCAAUCCACAAGUACAAAUUGACAUUAACGAGAUUGAAAAAUUAAAAGAGCAAUAUGCCUGUUGUGCAGAAGAUCAAUCAUCAUUUGAUAGUACUCUAAAUUCUUGUCAGAAAGAAAAGCACGUUCUUCCAGAUGGGCAGGUUAUAACGAUUGAAAGGGAAAGGUAUAUUGUUGGAGAAGCUCUAUUUCAACCAUCAAUCUUGGGUUUGGAGGAAUAUGGGAUUGUUGAACAGUUGUUUCGAAGUAUCACGAUUGUUGCACCUGAGCUUCACCGACAGCUUAUUGACAACAUUGUUCUAUGUGGUGGUACUACAUCUAUGGCUGGCUUUGAAGAACGUUUCCAGAGAGAGGCAGUUCUAUGCUCCUCUUCAGUACGGCCUUCUCUUGUUAAGCCACCAGAAUACAUGCCUGAGAAUUUGCCAAGCAAUUCAGCUUGGAUGGGCGGUGCUAUACUGGCUAAAGUUGUUUUUCCACAGAAUCAGCACAUCACAAAGGCAGAAUAUGAUGAGACAGGACCAGCAAUUGUUCACAGAAAGUGCUUCUGAUUUUCCCCUUCCUGUAUUCUCUCUGUACCCUAAAGUUUCAGAAAGUUUUAAAUUGUUUAAUGAGCUUGCUCUCACUGUAAUGCUCAAGUGUAGAUUAGUGAACAAGAACCUGCUAAUUAUGCUCAUUAGUAGUCAGGCAUAUGUGAAUUUAUCAUCUGAUUCUUUAUUGAGCUCAUUAUACUU